AUGGGUGGUUCAAGUACUAGUAAUGUACCAUUGGAGGAAGAUUUGGUAUACGAUGUUGAACUUCUUCCUCAUGAUCCGGGAAAAAGAAUAAACAUAAUGGAUUACCCCGCAAAUGAACGAAAUGCAGUUAGGAGGGGUUAUAUUCUUAAAAAACCUUGCCAACCAAAAACUCAUGACUUUCCUCAAAGACAAGUGUCUGGUUUAUGUCGCUUUAGUAUUCAUUGGUUCAAGAAAUGGGAUUGGCUUGAGUAUAGUAUUGAAAAAGAUGCCACAUUUUGUUUUGUAUGUUACUUGUUCAAGAACGAAGUUGAUAGUUAUUCGGGGGGUGAUGCAUUUGUUGAUGGAGGGUUUAGGGCAUGGAAUAAACCGGAAAGAUUUGAGAAGCAUGUGGGUGGAAUUAACAGUGCUCAUAAUCUUGCUUAUGAGAAAUAUGUGAAUUUAAGAGAUGGAAAAAAAAAAUCAAUCUUGAAUGUGUUUGCCAAUGCAAGUGAGGUGAUUAAAAGUGAAUAUUUUAUUCGCUUGAAUGCAUCUUUAACUUGUUUAAGAUUUCUUUUGGGGCAAGGUUUGACAUUUCGUGGACAUGAUGAAAGCGGGGAGUCAUAUAAUAGGGGUAAUUUCCUUGAGCUUUUGAAAUGGUGCAUAAUAGAAGAAGUUGGUGAUGAUUACUUUGUCAUAUUAGCCGAUGAGUCAAGUGAUGUGUCCCAAAAAGAACAACUAGCUCUUGUUUUGCGCUUUGUUAAUAGAGAUAGUGGAAAGGUAAUGGAGCGAUUUUUAGGCAUUGUUCAUGUUGGUAAUACUAUCGCUUUAACUCUUAAAGAUGCAAUCAUGUCUUUACUUGUUGAACAUUCAUUGAGUCCGUCUAUGAUAAGAGGGAAAGGGUACGAUGGAGCUAGCAACAUGAAAGGUGAAAUAAAUGGUCUUAAGACUUUGAUUAUGAAUGAUACUCCAAGUGCCUACUACAUUCAUCAUUUUGAAUUGUAUGACUAA